AUGGAAAAUAAUUCAAACCAUGAAGCAGAUGAAAAUCCUUAUCUCUGUUUUCAAAGAACGCCUUCUCUGCGUCGCAAAUGGAGGAAACGUUAUGGAGGCUUGGAUGGCAACAAACUGUUGGAGCCAAAUAAGGAGGAUGAGAUGAGAGAUAAUGGUGUGAUGACAGAAGGGCUUCCAGGAUGGAAUGCAGCCCCUGAGAAGAGUGCAGAAGCUCAGGAAACCAGUCUUUCAGGAAACACUCCACAAAAUGUGCCAAGAAAUGUUCUGCGGUCUCCGAGGCCUGUGAGCUUUGUGGCUGCAGGCUCAGCAGGCAUACCAGCUUUGAGCAGCAAUGGCAUAAAGGCCUCGUCUCUGCAAACUGAUUCAGAGCCGGCCCUCCCCAUCCACCCCUGGCCCACCCUCAGUAGGCCAGACACCCAAAACAGCCCGUUACAGAGGAAAGUGACUGCUGAUAUUUUGUUUGACAGCUUUGCAUCUGGUGGAAGAGUCAGUACUGAUCGCUUCUUCGAGACCUUGUGGAACUGUGGCAUUUUACGAACUGACCCACGGAUUAAAGGCUGCUAUGCACUGUUGAGCAAACUGCAGGAUGCUGAUGGGGCAGUAAACAGAAGCACCUUCCACAGGUGCGUGACAGGUUUCGUGUCUUUCAUCUUGAAGGCCAUACAGGGAAGAUUUGUCAUUCCUGACUUCUCCACAUUCACGGAGGAGACCCAAAAGUUGUUUAUUAAAUGUAAACAGCUGUCUUCUGUAAAGGAGAGAGAAGAGGGAAAUGAGAGUCCUGGAAAGUGGGGCAUUUCCAUCUGCACAGUGGAUGGGCAGAGACUUUCUCUUGGGGACUGGGAAGAGCCUUGCGUUCUGGGGGAGGUGUGCUGGGCUCUUGUAUACGGGCUUGCAGUGGAUCAACUUGGAGUUGACUAUGUACACAGAUAUGUAGGGGUGGAAGAAUAUGCCAAAUAUGACUCCCCAUUUACUCUAAACGAACAAGGUGUCCCUCACAGCCCUCUGACUGAAACAGGAGCUAUUAUCAGUGCAUCACUGCUGCAGCAGUUAACAGUGAGGCUGGUUACAGAGGAAGAGGAGAAGUAUGAGUCAGUGUUGAAUAUUAUAAGACGACUGUGUAACAAGGAACAUGCCAAUUUAAACUGUAUAAGUUAUCAGUGUUUGAGAAAGGACAUUAUUCGUCUACAUGCCCUUUCAUUUUAUCUUCAGGAGAAGAAGUGCUUUCCAGAAGGUGUUGACAUAAACGCAACAUUGGAUCUGCUGUUGCAGUGUUUGUCUACAGAAGUCACCUGCGAGUCUGGAGCAGCCUUGGCCGCUACUCUAGCUAAUGGUGGCCUCUGCCCUAUGUCAGGUGACCAGGUCCUUUCCCCCACUGCAGUUCGGAGUGCACUGUCCCUGAUGCAAGUGGCAGGGAUGAACAAUUACUCCAGAGUAUUCCAUUUUAAGACAUCAGUGCCUGCUAAAUCUAGCAGCUCUGGUGUCAUGCUGGUUGUAGUUCCUGGAGUUCUGGGCCUGAUUUGCUGGUCUCCGGAGCUGGAUGCCCAUGGAAAUUCCUGGAGGGGGGUGCAUUUCUGUGAGGAGCUGGUGUCAGGCUUUCAGCUACACAGCUUUGAUAUCCGAACUCCUUUCAGACAGGUGCUGUCCUACAGACAGCGGAAAGUGGAGUCCGAGGGUUACCAGAUCAUGAAUGUGCUCUUGGCUGCUUACCGUGGUGACCUGCACUCCUUGCGGAGGCAUUUCCUCUCAGGAGCAGAUGUGAAUGCCGUGGAUUAUGAUGGAAGGUCCGCACUUCAUGUGGCGGCCUCAGAGGGGCGCCUAGAGGUCAUCAGCUUCCUGGUGGAGAACGCAGGAGCUGACUGUACGCUCAAGGACAGGUGGGGCAACACUGCCUUGCAGGAGGCACUGAGAUGUAAUCAAGGUCCUGCCACACAUCGUCUCAAGAAAUACACAAACAAUGAGAAGAGUCUGUGAUCUAGAAGAAAGAAUUGUAGCAUGCAAACACAAGUUAGGUAACGGGCCUGGAAAUCUUGGGGAAACUGAGGCCUUGUUACUGUAUUUCCUGUAUAGUAUUGGGACUGACGCUGUAAAUACUUAAGAGUUGGUCUUGUAAAAUUAUUUCAGAGAGCGUAUUGCUCUCG